AGCACAGCAGUAUAGCUGAGACUGUACCAUGCACUAUAGUCUGAUACUGCAUUUGAAUGAAGAGCUUUAUUUCAUUAACUAUUGUCACCACGCUUGAACAAGAGAGGAAAAACUAAGGGAAUCGCCAUAAUAACUAGUCUAUCUCUCACCUCACCCGUCGCUACAUAUUAAACAGGUUUAGUACCAGCAGGGCUUUGCCAGUGAUGAGGGAGAUCAACCUACCAAAAAGAGAAGAGAGAACAUCAGCAUUGGAAUGUUUCUCUCUGUGUUCGCUAACAGGUGUUUUUCUGUCUGCGCAUUAAGCGCCGUUCAAGACCACCUGCCUCUGCGCCACUCUUGAUGUGCACGGUCCAUGCUUUUGUGGGAUGGUUCAAACCGGCUUUUUAGGGGAACAGUGCUGCGCGUAUUUAGUUAUGAUGCUGAGGAAAUGACACAGUUGGAGGAUCAAUACCUCGCGCUCUGGUAAACUAGAUGUGCUGCAUGAGAGUGGAACAUGUCUCAUCAUUAUUUUUGAGGACAACUUCUUUUUUUCCGGAGAUAAGAUGCACCAUUACCAAGCUACCCCCAACAAAACCAUCAGAAAAAUUAUACAUUUACAGAACAUAUAAUUUCCAGCAUUUUGAAGAAGAGUGGAGGUACUUUUUUAUGUACCGACUGCAUUUUUAAUCCAGAAUGUCAUGUUUUUUGCACAAUUAACCAAUAAUAACUGCGCUUUGCAUUUGAGGACUAUUCGGAUGACCACAGCGCCUUGAGUAAGAUUUUAAAGUAGAAGUCCUACGGUCGGGAGGAAAUAGGUAGAGGCGAAACAUUUUUUAUAGUUUGGAAGUUUUCUCGGGAAAACCGUCAAACUGGCCAUGGCUGCAGCGAUAGCCAGCUCCCUUAUUCGGCAGAAAAGGCAGGCGAGGGAGCGGGAGAAAUCUAAUGCCUGCCGCUGCGUUAGCAGCCCGAACAAGACAAAGCAAUGCGAGAACAAACCCAGUCGGUUGUCUAUGUUCUCUCGGGUCAAACUCUUCGGCUCCAAGAAGAGGAGACGGAGGCGACCAGAACCCCAGUUGAAGGGGAUCGUGACGAAGCUGUACAGUCGACAGGGCUUCCACCUGCAGCUGCAAGCAGAUGGCACCAUCGACGGGACGAAGGAGGAGGACAAUGGCUACACCAUAUUCAACCUCAUUCCAGUGGGGCUUCGAGUGGUGGCCAUCCAGGGAGUUCAGACCAAGCUCUACCUGGCCAUGAACAGCGAGGGCUUCCUGUACACAUCAGAACACUUCACCCCAGAGUGCAAGUUCAAAGAGUCAGUGUUUGAGAACUACUACGUGACCUACUCCUCCAUGAUCUACAGACAGCAGCAGUCUGGUAGGGGCUGGUACCUCGGUCUGAAUAAAGAGGGGGAGAUAAUGAAGGGAAACCACGUGAAGAAGAACAAGCCAGCAGCCCACUUCCUCCCCAAGCCUUUGAAAGUGGCCAUGUACAGGGAACCCUCCCUCCACGACCUGACAGAGUUCUCGCGCUCCGGCAGCGGCACGCCAACCAAGUCCCGAAGCGCCUCGGCCGUGCUCAACGGAGGCAAGACGGUGAGCCAGAACGAGUCCACGUAGCCGGGUGUCGGCGGGCCGGGGCAGACGUAAGAAGACACCUCACACUCAGAAGAGCGUGGCUUCCAACCCAGACUUCUCUCUCCAAAACCAUCGGCAGUUCAGGACAACAUUACGACUAUAAACACCACCACUACCACCAACCAAUCACCACACUUGAUUAGGCUCCAUAUCUCUCACCGUACUGUCAACAGCCAACCACAUUACACCGUGAGCAGUUUUCUGUUGGUCACUCUCUGGUGGUAAGAACUGUGUACCAGUUAGCUCAUCUUUUAUGGUUUUUUGUUUACUUCCUGCAGAUAAACAACUACUUUUACUUAUAGGUCCUGAUCAUAUAGACACCUACCCAGUCAUAUCUGGCAGGCAGGCAGGUAGAGAGCCAGGUGGUCAGGGCAACUGGUGAGGGUCUGGGCUGCUGGGGCUGCAGUGGAUGGAGAAGUCCCCUGUUUCCGUGUGUCAUCCAUGAUGCUUCUAUGUAUACGAAGCCAAUCCCCCGGGACUGCAGCUUUAGCGAAGCUGCAACCGCAGACAGCUGUAACGGUAGCUCUCCUGCAUUCUAGUGCACAAGCUCAGAAGAGACUUGAGCUCUCUAGCAUUAAAAAAAAAGCCUACAUUCAGCUGACCUGGAAAAUUUUAUUUCCUUUCUUUUCUUAUUUCCUUAGUAUUUCUGUUUUUGUAGCUGUCUCCACAGUGAAAGGGGUUCCAGCAAACCAAAGACAGAGCUGAAAGAGUGUCCCUUUAAGCAGUCAAACCAAGCCAGUAUAGAGAUGCAGCUGGAAGUUGUUGAAUUAUUUUUCUUAAUGUCCAUUUUUGAUGAGAGAAAGAAAGUGAAGAAAGAGACUGCAUAAGAGAGGGCAAGAGAGAAAAAGAGCUAGAAGGGACUCUGUGGUGUAGAAAGCUGUAGAAAGCUCAAGGGAAGGAGUCUAUUAUUACUGGUGAGCUCUCCGGUUGAGUUUGGCAUGAAUUGACUGUUCAGUGUCCCCGCCUUCUGUUUCUAUUGUGUCACAUUGUCUUCUGUCCCUGUGGUCUGUUAUCCAAUCCAGUGCUUGUGUCAUGCCUUGCCCCGUUCCCCUUUGUUGAGUCUUAUUGGCCGAUUCAGUUCACCAUAUAAGGAUAUGGUGACGGCCCCCAUCCAGGACUUGUUUCGUGUUUGAGUAACUUAUCGUGGUGACAAUUUUCUAUAUAUAAUAACAACAAAAAAAUACUGUGGAAUUUUAGGUGGCUUAAACAUUUUAUAGGAUAUGUCAUAUUUGUAAAAGUGAACAAAAAAAAAGAAGAAGAUGAAAAAAGAAAGAAACAUCAAACUCUUCCCUUUCUUGCACAGGGCAUGUACAAACACGGUUGUGUACAAAAAGGACCCUUUUUUGGGGGCUAAGUACUCCUUCCCUUCAGCUACAUACCUUGUUCAUAUGGAACAUGCUACUGGGAGACUUGGUUUGUCUUUCGUUUCCUUUGGGGGUUUUGAAGUGAACAUAUCUAUUGCAUGGGAGACAGCGGGGGAUUCUGGACUAUAGAGCUAUAGUGCAUGAUGUAGGCUAUGUGUAUUAACCCAUGUUGGAUCAUGUGUUCCUAAUUACCAGGACAAAAGUGAAAAACAACCUGUAGAGGCUGAUGGCUGUCGCUCGGCCUGCUACCUUCCAAGUUGUUUACUAUUUGUUGUAUACACAAAAUGCACUGAAUAAAAUGUUUAUAUUAAGAUAUACUUUUAAAA